UCGCCCCUCCCCCUUCGCACUCCCGCGCGGUGCCAGCGGGUGGCUACUUGAGGACUGCUCUGUUCAACGCGCAGGAGAUCUUUCCAGCAGAGCAGAAGAACUAGCUUUAGUGAUGCUGAGACUGGUGCUGUUGCUUCUGGCCACAGACUUUGCAGCUCCUCAUGAACCUCUCGACUCUUCCAAUUCUCCGAUCAUAAAGAGGUCACAGUUCAGAACACCAGACUGUGAUCAUUUUGAUAUCCCAGCAUGUCCCAGGAACCUCAACCCUGUGUGUGGAACAGAUAUGAAGACUUAUGGGAAUGAAUGUACCCUGUGCAUGAAAAUCAGGGAGGAUGGGAGCCAUAUUAAUAUUAUCAAAGAUGAGCCAUGCUGAUGGGGAGUUGGGAGAAGAGCAGAUGGAGGACCCCCUACUCCUCUGGUGCUCCCUGCUAGAAUCCCACCCCCUUUUCUGUUCCCCCCAUUUCUUUGCAUGAUACUUGUUAACAGAACUUCUCUGAGUAGAGGCUGGAAGACAGUGAUGCACAGUGGUUCAUAAACUUAGAACUCCUGUUCUGGGCUUCCGGCCUACAAUUCAGUUUAGUUCACCUUACGACCCAGGCAACUUUUGCAUUGCUUUAUUUCCUUGGAAUAAAAUGAGCAUUGAACUGAA